AAAGCAAAAGGGACUCUAACACUCAAAGCGGGCUAAAAGGAAGACUGAAUUCACUCUGACGUACUGCAACUAAAAAGUGCUGGAAAAUGUGUAAAGGAUUAGCUGCCUUACCCCAAACCUGCCUGGAAAGGGCGAAGGAGAUUAAGUCAAAAUUGGGCGUUUUGCUGCAGAAGCCGGAAAAUGCCAUCGACCUCAUCAUCCCCUACCCCGAGAAGACUGAGAAAAAGCCGGAGAAGCAGCAGAAGCCAAGUCCCGAGGAGGCUGCUCAGUGGCGUGAGGGUCUGGACCGAGUCCUGAGCAAUGGCUAUGGUGUGACUGCUUUCCGUAGCUUCCUCCAGUCUGAGUUCAGUGAUGAGAAUAUUGAGUUCUGGGUGUCGUGCGAGGACUUCAAGAAGACCAAGAACCCUGUGAAAAUGGCAUCCAAGGCCAAGAAGAUCUAUGAAGACUUCAUCCAGUCUGAGGGACCCAGAGAGGUGAACAUUGACCACUUCACCAAGGAUGUGACCCUGAGGAACCUGGUGGAUCUCUCCCCUGGGACCUUUGACCUGGCCCAGAAGAGGAUCUUCGCCCUGAUGGAGAAAGACUCCUUCGGCCGUUUCCUCCGGACUGAGCAGUACCAGGAGCUCCUGGUCAAAUAAGCUGGAGCUGAGGGGCUGAAGGGCUGGGGAGGGCGGGGAGGUUUCAAACAGCAGUUAAUUAACAUGAAAAUAAUAGGAAUCAAUUUUUUAUUAAAAUAUUUCUAAUAAACUAUCAUUGUGUAAGACAACUCGAGAACCGAAGACUUUUAUUUUGCAAAAUAUCCAAACUAUCUAAUAAGGGUAAAAAAAUUAUAUUUCCAAAUUAUACUUUGAAACUAACCAAAGACUACUACUAAAGACUAAACUCAAACUAAUGAAAGACUGCCUUUUGAAAUAGCCCUACCUCCCCAGCCAACACACACACACUCACACAAUCUUGAACUUCUAUAAUAGUGAGGACCUUCCACUGACGAAAAUGAUCCCCUGUCCUCUAAAGAAGCGAGGGCCUUCUAAUGCUUUCAUUUGUCAAAAAUGGCCUCAAAAACCAGAUUUGUUCUCAUACAAAGAAAGAAGUACAGGAACACACACAUAUAUACUCAUAUGUACUCACUGGGUCAAGAUCCACACCUAAACAUAUAUCAGUGACUUUCCAUGAAGAAAAUACAACUCAAUCUUUACUGUCAAGUCAGUUUUUUGAAACUUCAGGUUGCAAACUUAAAGUAUGCACAUGAAAUUAUACCUUGAAACUGUCACUGUCUUGCAUGUCUGCUUCAAGGUGUUGCAGAUUUGGCAAAACUGUUUCAGACACAUAUUUAGUUUUGUGUGAAGCUUGACCCCAUUGACUACCAUACAUUCAGUAACAAACACCAAGUAUGACCUCUGACAAAGAGCCUUAAUGCAGGGCUGCUUAAAACAAACAUGUUAAACUAAUCGUUAAUUCCCUUAUUUUAAAAAGCAAACUUUUACAAGGGGUCACUUUGUAAACUAAAACAAAAUUAAUCAUCACUAAAACGAAAAAAAUAUUCAGCUAAAAAGAUAGAUUAGACCUUAGAUAUCUUACAGAAAUGUGCAUCAAUCCUUUGAGAACAAUACAUAACCCAGUUUGACCCCCUCCGUUUGCCAAAGACAAACAUCUUAUUCAGACAGACGUGAGUGAUUUUUAAGUGCUCUGUGGUUUUCCCAAGAAGACUGAAAGAUAUUAUUAUAUCAUUUUGAGGGCCUGGAAAGGAUAUGACUUAUAACAUUUUCUGUCUAUGGUAGAAAACCCCUUGGGAAAAUCUGGAUAGAAUGACAGUUGGCUGUUUUAAAUCAAUGUAUUCAUGAAGUGAUUUCCAGCAACGACCAAAUAUUUUGACAUUUAAAUAAAAGAACUAUUAACUCUUCUAGUAUAAAAAUCACAUAGCUCUUUUGUCUCUUUCACACUCUCACUCAGACAGUCAGUUUGGAUUUCACACACACUCCCCCCUCCAGUUGCAAUGCAUCCUGUGAGAGCCAUCCUUGAGAACAGUGCUGGCUAGUUGGCUCAGUGGUCGAGCUCCUUGGCUGCCACUAAACUGCAUGUUGCUAAGAUGGGAAAAUCAAGUCGGAGGGAAUCCCAAAUAAUAAAAGGAAAGAAGUGAUCAGAGCAGCGGUUUUAACAGAGGAAGGUCUUUUUCCCAUGUGAUUAUAACAAAGUUAAAAGUAAGCAUGUCCAGUCACUAAAAAAGGUCCAGACCUGGUUUUAGUGCAAACAACAUGUGAGACAGAACUUGCAGGUUUGCAUCACUAAAAAACAAUACUGAAAGUAAAACACUUUAAAUCAAAGUCAUUAAGGAAGUAGUGGCAUUGCAAUCAGACAAAACAUACCAAAUACUCACAGAUCUUUUAUGUAGGUUUCACAUUUAUGGAUUAUGUAUUUCCAAGGUUAAUACUUUCAACCACAAGUUAUUAUUCACUACACGCUGUAACAAAAGACUGGUAUUCACCUCACUUACACUAAACUGAGACAAAGACGGAUCUGGCGGUGGAUUUGAUGUUGGUGUGCAAUGUGUAAGUGUCCUAAAUGUAUACAUUUAGUUGAAUGUAGCAGUCAUUAAGUGUGAUUAUAUUUACUCCUCAUGCUUUUUUAUAUUAAACAAAAGCAUCUUAACCAACACAAGAAUAUUGUUAUUAUCUAGAUAUUCAGCAUUUCAGAAGUCCUUAUUGUUCCAUAAAACUAUUACACACUAAUCUAAACUGAAAAACACUAUUGGUCAUCAGGAAUGACCUUUUUUUCUUUCCUUUAUAUUACUUCAAAUCAGCAUUGAAACAACCAACAAAUUUAAAUUUAAAAAACCUCAGAGAUUUAUUUCAGUUUUGGCGAGGGUUUGUUAUGGCACAGAUUAGCCACUCUGCUGUCAAAACCUUACAAGUCAACAGUCAUGUCAGAAAAAUCAAUAAGGGCUUUAACAGUGCUGAGUAUGCAUUAUAUGAUGUAGCCUUGCAUGUACGUUUUGGAGUCGACCACAUAAAAAUAUAUAUGCAUACAAGUCCUGAAGAUGUAUUUAUUUUUACGUGUAAAUAUCAUCUAUUUACAACCAACUGUGUCUAAGUUAUUCUUAAAUACAACAAUGGAGUCCAUGAUUCUUUGAAUGGAGAGCUGGCACGGACUCUUCCCAGAAUCUUUUCACUGUUAUAAAAGAGGAAACACCUGA